GUGCAUUCAUUAAUCAACCAUAUAUACUUACACCAUAAAUUCACCCUUUACUUUCUACAUCAUUUCAUCACUCAACCUCUAAAGCCUGUGUGUCCCAAUGGAAAUUCCUCAUCACCACCUCUUCAUAAUCACCUUCAUCCUCAUCUUCUCCAUAUCAUCUGCAACUGACCCUUUAUCACAAGCACUUUUAACCUUAAAAUCAGAGUUCAUCCUCCCACCAAACACUUUAACUGACUGGGUUAUCUCUCAAGAAAAUCAAAACCCAUCUCCCAAAAUCCAUGCUUGUUCAUGGACAGGCAUUAAAUGCAACCAAAACUCCACAAAAAUCACAUCUUUAGACCUUUCUUUGAAAAAUAUUAGUGGGAUUUUAUCUGGGCAUCAAUUCAAUAACUUUCUUGAUCUCAUUUAUCUCAACAUAAGCCACAACUUGUUCUCAGGUGAACUCCCAAUUGGGAUCUUUAAUCUCACAAGUUUAAAAACACUAGACAUUAGUCGAAACAAUUUCUCUAGUGUCUUCCCAAUUGGGAUAUCAAAUCUGAAAAAUUUGGAAACUCUUGAUGCUUUUAGCAACAGCUUUUCGGGUCCGCUUCCACCGGAUGUUUCUGAAAUUCCCUCGCUAAGAGUUGUCAACUUUGCGGGUAGUUAUUUCGGUGGAAGCAUUCCUAGCGCGUAUGGAUCAUGCGAACGCCUCGAGUUUCUUCACCUUGCAGGCAACUUGUUAAGUGGGAAUUUGCCAAUUGAGUUUGGGAAACUUAAGAGUGUGACUCAUAUGGAGAUUGGGUACAAUUCUUAUCAAGGUGGUAUCCCAUGGCAAUUUGGUAAUAUGAGUGAGCUUCAGUAUCUUGAUAUAGCUGGUGCUAAUCUUUCUGGCUCAAUUCCUAAGCAGUUUGGUGAUUUAACUAAUCUUGUUACACUUUUUCUGUUUAGGAACUCGCUUUCGGGUUUGAUCCCGGAUGAGUUGAGUAACAUUUCGGCUCUCUCAAGCUUAGAUCUUUCGGAUAACAUGCUUUCGGGUCCGAUCCCAGACAGUUUUUCCAACUUGAAAAGUUUAAGGUUGUUAAGUUUAAUGUAUAAUAACAUGAAUGGUUCUGUUCCUGAAGGGAUCGCUAAGCUUCCGAAUCUCGAAUCUUUUCUAAUAUGGGAUAACAUGUUUAGUGGUACACUUCCACAAGAAUUGGGUAAACAUUCAAAACUCAAAUGGGUUGAUGUUUCAACCAAUGAUUUUGUGGGUGUGAUUCCACCAUAUAUUUGUUCACAAGGGGAGUUGAGUAGACUCAUGUUGUUUUCGAAUCAUUUCUCGGGUGGGCUUUCUUCGAUCUCCAAUUGUUCUUCGCUUGUCCGAAUUCGGUUAGAAGAUAAUUUGUUUUCGGGUGAUAUCGCUUUAAAUUUCAAGGUUCUUAGUGAUGUUUCGUAUGUUGAUUUAUCGAAUAAUCGGUUCACGGGUGGGAUUCCUUUUGAUGUAUAUCAUGCUUCAAAACUUGAGCAUUUUAGCGUGUCGAAUAAUCCGAAUCUCGGAGGGAUCCUACCCGAAAAAACAUGGGUGUUGCCCGUUCUUCGCAACUUUUCCGCCUCGUCUUGCAAUAUAUCGGGUCGUAUCCCCGAAAGCAUUUCGUCUUGUGAGAAUCUUGAAACCUUAAAUUUAGCCGAAAAUAAUCUGUCGGGUGAAAUACCGGUUAAGUUAGGAAGCCUGAUGAAGUUGAAGUUUCUUAAUCUCUCGUAUAACGAUCUUUCGGGUUCGAUUCCGGUACAAAACAUGUUGAAAUCUAUGGAUAGUAGUUCGUUUGUUGGAAACCCGAACCUUUGUGGUGCACCACUUGCAAGACCAUGUCAUCACGGGAAUGGAAUAUCCGAGGGAAUGGAAUUGGGAAGUAGAAGAAAUCACAAGGUUGCUUGGGUAGUUGUACUAUGCGCUGUAGUGGUUGUACUCUCGGGUUUCCUUUUCGGGAUCGUUUACUACCGGAGACAAAAUGUUAACCGCUAUUGGAAGAUGGUGUCAUUUGGUGGGUUACCAGAUGUCACAGCCUCUGAUGUUUUAAAGAGUUUUAGAUUUGUUGAACCGGUGGAAACAUCGUAUUCGUUGAAUCCUGUUUGCAAAGCGGUCUUGCUGACUGGGAUGACGGUAGUUGUGAGAAAGAUCGAGUGGGGAACAAAAGGUUCAAACAUUUUGUUGGAUUUCAUAAACCGCAUGGGCAGUUUAAGGCAUAAGAAUUUGGUUCGGUUGUUGGGUUUUUGUUAUAAUAAGAAUCUUGGUUAUUUGUUGUUCGAGUAUUUGCCUAAUGGAAAUCUUGAUGAAAAGAUUGGUGUCAAAAGAGAUUGGGCUUCGAAAUAUAAGCUUGUGAUUAACAUCGCUAAAGGGUUGAGUUAUCUUCACCGUGAUUGUCAUCCGGCUAUUCCUCAUGGAAAUCUGAAGGCGAGUAACAUAGCGGUUGAUGAGAAUAUGGAGCCACGUUUGGCAGAAUUUGCGUUCAAAACAAUAUCUGCAAUGGAAACAGGUGAAUACAAGGGUGUCACGGAACAUGACCUAAAGGAUGAUAUAUUUCACUUUGGGGAGGUCGUUUUGGAGAUUUUAACAAACGGGAAGCGAAAAAAUGGUGGGAUAAGCGUACACAAAACACCAAAAGACGCUUUAUUGAAGGAAGUUUAUGAUGUUAAUGAGGUGGCUGGUUCUCCUUCAUCUUCAAAGUCGGUCCAAGAACAGAUUAAAUUGGUUCUUGAAGUUGUUCUUGCUUGCACUACAAGCGAGCAAUCGGAUAGACCUUCAAUGGAAGAUGUUUUAAAGAUUCUUUCACGAUUGGAUCCCGAGAAGAAAUGAGAAGAAUCAUGUGAUUUUGUUCGUGUUUAAGUGAAGUAGUAUAGAUUAUGAAAAUGUUGAUAUAUGGUUUGUAAAAUAGAUUUCUUUUGCUUGUUUUAGAAUCUUGUGUUGUGAAUUGUGAAGCUAGAUGCACUAUUGAAGCUUCUAAUGAUGUAAAACAUGAAACUAAAGCUUGUAUAUCUGUGUAGUUUUUGUUCUUGUGUAGCGUGAACGUUCUGCCUAUCUAAA